GAAGCCAUUUGUGUCCAAGUUCAACCAGGACAGAUGAAGGAAUCUGAAAGGCCAAUGCCAUCGUUGGCACCAAUCCAGCCCAAAACUAUAACACUGAGUCAGUCGGUUGGUAGAAACUCUAGCAUGCCAGGACUUGGUAUUAUUAAUCCCCAGAUAAUUAGGAUACAGCCUGUUACAGGAACUGAGCAGCAGCAGCUAUUCCUGCAUAGCUCUUCCAAGUCUCCAGUUCAUUUGCUUAUGCAGAGACCUUUACCAUCACAUGGACCAGCGUCUGUCAACAAGAUUCCCACAUCUAGGAUGCUAAAUGGACAGAAAGCUGCACGUGCCACAGGAUCGGCUGCAAGGUUUCCAAAUGUUAACCUGGUGUCAGGCAGUUCAGCAAACACUCUGGUACCAUGCCUUGAAAAAAACCAAAAAGAUGACAAGUUAAAAAAAUCCUUGAAAGUGAAAACACGUUCCGGACGGAUUUCACGCCCCCCCAAAUACAAGGCUAAAGAUUAUAAAUUCAUUAAAAUGGAGGAUUUGGCUGAUGGUCAUCAGUCUGAUUCUGAUGACUACUCUGAGCUGAGUAUAGAAGAUGAUGAAGAAGGAAAGGUGAAGGGAAAAGAUGCGUUAUUUGGUUCUUCAAAUUAUAAUCUGAAACCCAAAACAUUUAAAUGUCAGACUUGUGAAAAAUCCUAUAUAGGAAAAGGAGGAUUAACAAGACAUUAUAAACUUAACCCAGGCCAUGGACAUUUGGAGUCUUCACCUCAAAAAAUACCUUUAAAUAAGCCUAAUGGAAGUAUAUUUAUGGACAGUGACUGUGGAAUAAGAGGGGAAAUGAUGAGUCCAGCACAUUUGGAUUCAGUUACUGUCACUUUAAAUAGUGAAAAUGCACUAGCUACCAAUCUGGAAGGAAUUGUUGAUCCAAAGGCUGGAGAACAGACCUGUCAGUCUGCAGAAAGCAGACCCUUGUUGGCAGAACAACAAAAUGAAAGCAGUGCAGGACACUGGGGACCUGUAACACCAAAAGGACCUGGAAGACCCAGACGACCAAAGAGACGUGGUCGACCACGGAUGGGUGGAAGAUCCAGGUGUUCUGGAAGGCUGAGCAGACCUGGUCAGUCCCCUUCAAAGUCACUUAGUAGUGUGUCAGCAGAACACAAUGUAUUCAGAAGAAAAGCUAGGUUAAAAGAGUUAAUACAACAGUGUGAUAAUGAAGACUUAAUGGAGCUGGCUCUCCCACGUCUCACGAAGCUUGUUACAGUAUUUGAAUUUCUGUUGAUGAAGGUUGAAAAAGGGUAUCCAGCCAAAGCUUACUUCCCAGAUGUGUAUAAGGAAUUUGAAGACUUGCAUAAUAUGGUAAAGAAAAUGGCUUAUGAUCACCUCAGUAAUUCAGAUUUGCUGAGUUGCCAGCAGCUUGUUGAAAUAAAAGAUGCUAAGGUUGCUGAAUCCCUAGGAAUUGCAGAAAUACUUGCUGGAGAAGAAAAGGCACAAGCUGCAGACUCUCGUUCACAAUGUAUAAUUAAAACAGUCAGUGAGCAAGUGCCUGUGGAGAUACUGGGACAAAAACGGUUAGCUGAGAGCUCAGGGGAGGACCUGUUGCCAUCAGCCAAAAGGACCAAGUUAGAAGACGUAAUGGAGAAUGUGAAUAAUGAUCAUGCCAGUCAAGAUGAAGUGAAAGAAAAGAGUGGGAAUUUGUGUACACUGUUUGGAAAAGAUGGUUGUAAUCAAUUAAAUGGAGAAAUCCUGCUAUCAAGAGAUGGGCAUAUCACUUGCUGCACAACUGGAAGCACAGAGCAACAUAAUUUGCUUGCUGAUUCAGGAGUCAGAAUUGAUGCUGGAAAUUCAGGUACCUUGUCCCAGACUGUGAAAAUGAGGGUAGAGUAUUCCCAAGCUGUGGCGAAAGAGGAACCAGACCUGGCAGGUGAAGCGUCUCUGCUACACGCUGAAGUUGUAUUACCGGUUGAAGCAGAUGGCUCACCUGGAUUAGUCCAAGCACACUUUGUGUGUGAGGAUGCAGCUGGUGGGCUCUUGGCUCCUCAGCUUUGCACCUCUGUGUCAGAAGAUGCAAUGGGCAGUCAGAGCACUGACAUAGCAACGUGUGAAGAAAAUGGGCACCAUCAAAAAUACGAGAAACUGCAAGAAGAAAACGGUAAUCUUGCAAUUAAAGAACAUUCUGAACAACUCCAUAAUGCAAAUAUGACUGAUGAGAUGCUGGAACUUGAAAAAGCUUUUUCAACAAACAUUGUGCCAAUAAACCAGCCACACAGUGCUCAGACUGAAUUGCACCAGAACCCUGUCCAGGAAACCUCCCUGUCUGCUCAUGUGAACCAUGAAAACUCUCUUAAAAAUGCAAAUGACUUUUCUUGUGGGACAGAGGAACAACAUGAGCUGGAGAAUACAAUUACUGUAGAUGAAACUGUAGCCUUUGAGAUUACUGAUGAGAGCCAUGAUUUUUUGUCUCAGGGACAGGAACAGAUUUUUAUUCAGACUUCAGAUGGGCUUAUCCUGUCUCACCCAGAUACUGCUGUUCUGUCUCAGGCAGAAGGCAUUGUUAUUGUAACCGAUUCCAGUGGUACCACAAUGCAUAUCCGCACGCCUGAGGGGAUACCUUUGGAAACUGUGGAAGCACUACUGGCAAUGGAAGCAAAUGGCCAAAGUGAAGAGAUUUUGCUCUCGCAAAAUGAAUUGGAGCCAUAAAUAAGAAAACUAUAUGCUUUCUUCUGGAAAAGAAUGACUCUAUCAAAUGUAUAUUUUUCUAAUGUGAAUACUGAAAUAACUGAAAUUUAACUUAUUUGUAAGCUGUUUCUAUGCCCUGUACUUUUUAUAACUUAUGUUUAUAUGGAUCUAGCAGCAUUGCAACCAAAAAUUCUAGAAUUAACAUCAUUCUGUUUGCUUUAUAUGUUGGGGUGGGUGGAAAGUGGAAAUCUGUCAACCCUGAAACUGUUGCACUGUUCCCUUUUGUUAUUUAAUUCCUUUUCUCUCCAGUCAUCUAAAAAUGCAGGAAGCUGUAUUGCUGUCCAGCAGUGAUGUGCUGUGUACUGGCACGCUGUGUAUGGGUAAAAUAAAAACUAUAUUA